UAGAAAAAGUGCCGUUUUCGGAAGUACCAGUUGUAAUCACGCUUAUUUUGGAGCGCAUAUUAGAUACUCUUUUGGAAGACGUGGGACCAGAUGAAAUGGUAAGAAUGCGACUUGAUUCUGGAUCUCUGAAUCGGCCAAUAUGAACGCCGCCUAUUGCACGGUCGCAGCUAACGGUAGCACGAUGGAUGGCUGAGGUUGCGCGCGUGCUGAAUUCGUAUGAAGAAUUUGUUAUCGACGACUCCUUCGAAAUUUCACUGCAAUACACCGAAAUUCCUAAGGGCAGCUGCAACCGAGACGUACCGCAGCUUCUCCGCCGAAGAUUGGAAAAAAUGAAAUCAGUGGUUAUUAUUAAAAAUACGGAUAAAAUCUGUUUGGCCCGUGCCCUUGUUGUUGGAAAAGCGCAUGCCGACGGAAACAAAAACUUGUACCGGAAGCUUAUACGUGGUAAAAGGUUGCAGACCAAGGAGGCCCAGUUUCUUGUUACCCGAGCGGGAUUUAAAGAACAGGAAUUUAACCUUCGGCACCUUCAUAAAUUCCAAGAAAUUCUUCCUCACUAUCAGAUCAUUGUGGUCAGUGUGGAUCAUGCAAACCUCAUAGUGUUCAGUGGAAAACUUCAACCCAAGCAAAUCAUCCUGCUGCAUCACGAUCAUCAUUUUGACCUUUUAAAAUCUUUAGCAGCCUUUUUUAGGAAAAAGUAUUGGUGCUACGCGUGUAAUAAAAGUUAUUCGGAACGCGCUGACCAUCGCUGUUCAAAUAUCUGCAAGUGCUGUUUGAGGUCAUCUUGUCCGUCAGAUCCAAGUUCUAUGGUGCACUGCAACGACUGCAACCGUGCUUUUUUCGGACCAGAUUGCUACGCUCACCAUAAGAUUGGACCAUUGAAAGGACGGCCAAAAAGAAGGAGCAUUUGCAGUUUGGUCCAAAUCUGUAAAGAUUGUUUACGGAUUGUCUCAAUGAAGCGAAGGAGAAACGGUAACAAUCAUCAGUGUGGUGAGAUUUUCUGCAAGACUUGUAAAGUGCAUGCUCUACCCGACUCACAUCACUGCUUUAUGAGACCACAUCAAGUCAAUGCAGAAGAACUGGAGCUAAACGAAAACGCCAGCUUUUUAUACUUCGACUUCGAGACUUAUGUCGGAGAGAACAACGUUUUGGUUCCCAACCUGGCGGUGUUACAGGAUGAUGACGGUAACGAAUGGGUGUUUCCGGCGGAAGACGCACCUUUGGGCGGUGAUGUGACUGAUGCAUUAUGUACCUUCUUGUUCAACGAAGAGCACAGAGAUCACUUCAUCAUUGCCCAUAAUUUUAAAUCGUUCGAUGGCUAUUUCAUACUCAACUGGCUACUAAAAAAUGGAGCGGUUCCAAAAGUCAUUCUCAAUGGUGGCAAAAUUCUACAGCUGGAUGUACCUUUGCUGAAUAUACGUUUCCGGGACAGCAUUAAUUACAAUCCUCAGAGCCUCGCAAAACGGCCGGCAACUUUUGGGUUACCAGACAUCAGCAAAGGGACUUUCCCACAUCGCUUCAACCGCAAAGAAAACUGGGAUCAAGUUGUCCCCUUUCCGUCGAUGGAUGAGUACGGUUAUCAAGGAAUGAAUACCAAGUCCAAAGACUCAUUCCGAGAAUGGUACGAAAAAGAAAAAAUGGAGAAGAACAACCUUUUUGAUUUCCGUCAAGAAUUCGUUUCAUGGCUGCCCAAAAUGCGUCGCCCCAACAACCCUGCACCCUUUCCGUGA